ACACUGAAGCUCUGGGGGUUUUAUGAGUGUUCUGUUCACCCUGGUACUGUUUGAUUACUCGAGAUACCGUUACUUAGCACUUCACGCCAUACACCAUACACUCUCAAAUGAAAUCAGGUGACCAUGAGCGGGUUUACUGGCAAGCGGACUGAAACCACAGAGCGUGUGGAGCUGCAUGUGUUUUUUGUACCUGAUGAUCAGUUUGAUCGGAGGUUGAAUAAAGUUUCAGCUGAAGCUAUGGACACUUUCAUCUCAGCUGGAUUCAUCAGAGUGGAUUCAGAUGUGAGUCUGUCUGAUCUCAGAUCUGAUCUUGGAUCCUUUCUUGGGCUGGACAGGAUCACAGAGAGAUAUGUUUUUUUAAAAUGCGUUGGCAGAAGUUUGGCACUGGUUAAAUUCAGACAAGAGGGAGAACUGACAGUAAAAUCAUUCACUCCACCAUUUGCUCCUUUUCCUGAGCUCUACGUUUUACCCGUGGUAGAGAAUGACAGUGGCCUUUGCUCCAGCUCUCUGACCCCUGAUACUUUAUUAAGCAACACUGACCAUCACAGUCACGAUUUGCCAAGACCAUCAUGUGCACCUGGAAAGAUAAAAGAGCCUAUUAAAUUCCCCUCAAUCAAUAAAGGGCCUCAGCAAUCUGUCCUAAUGCAGGAUUCAGAGGAGAACAAGAGUGAUGCAGAAUUCACUGACACUCCUCAUCUAACAUACAGUUCACGAGAUCAGAUGGAACCUGUAAACAAACAGCCCGAAAUGGAUACAACUGCAAAAAAGGAACAUUGUUUUAAAAGAAACAACAGAAACUCUGGAGCUCCAGAGGCAUUUGGGGAUUCCCAAGGACUGGCAAGGAAAUUCAAUAGUUCUCUGACACUGAAAUCAAGUGAAGAAAAAACAGAUGAUAUGGUUCUUAUGAGUAGACCAACCUCUCCACUCCCAGCAGAGAGCAGUUCUCCUCUGUCUGUCUAUUCCCUGGAAAUUUAUACACAACAAACUACCACUAGCAAUGAGCUGAUAAAGGAACUCAAGCUACUCAAAGAGCAAAGGAAGGAGCUUGAACAAACAAGGCAAGAGCUUUUGAAAAAGGGUAGAGAACUUUUAGCUCUUAACAGACAUCGCAGGAACCAAGCACGCAACAGGUGGAAGAGGCAAUAUUUUGACACUAAGAAGGCAACAACACUUCUGGAGGACGCACUUAAGAGUGUACAACUGGAACUACAAACCUUCUACAGUAAAAUGCUACAACAACUCCAAGCCAGAGAUGGUGCAAAACGACGAAUGCAAGCAAGGAAACAAUCAAGCACAAAGUUGAAGAAUGAGUUGAUAAUCCAGAUUAUGAUGGAGAGCAGUGAAAUUGAUAAUCUGUGGAAAAAUGUGGAUGAUGCUAAAAUGAAACUGGCUACAGAGAUCAAGGUACUGUACCAAACAGACAUGCCCUGGUUAAUUCUGUUGUUACUUUCUGCACUUUAUUUAUUUAUUUAUCAAUCUUUAUUUGUCUAGUUGAGAAAGCAAGCUGCCACAGAACUACGAUCCCUGAGAGCAGAACUGAUGCAAAAGAGAGCUCAGUUUUAAGGAAACACAGAAUACACAUCUAUGUGCUUAGAUUUCUUAGAAUUUAAAUUUCUUUGUGGACAAAAGUUGUGAUUCAGCUUUCACUGAAAAUAAUGAAAUUAUGUAUAAAAGACUUUUUACAUUUACACAAAGCACAAAAGAUAGUAUUUAAGAGAUUUGACAGAUAUUGUUUUGCAAUUUGAGUAAUGUGUAAAUCUGCUUCCUGGAUUUAGUCUGGCUGUUUAAAAAUGAAGUAUGUAGUAUCUGCAGCACCAUUAACAUCACCAAAUGUACAAAAAUAAUUAGUUUCCCGAACACUUCCUCUCUCCUCCAGUGAUCGGCUAAAGAGAUGGUUGAGCUCAGGAUGUACAGCAAUGGUUUGAAAGCAUCACAGUGUUUACACAUUUUGGGGAAACCAACCUAUGAAUGUCUGACUUAUAAUUGAUUGCAGACAUUAAGAUGGGUUACGACAUCCAAAAAAAAUGACACUCUUCAUCUUUAACAUAUUAACUACAAAAUUCCGAUUUAGAAUCAUGAUACGCAGUACUGAAUUAGGGAAAUUAUGUUCAUGCAAAUGAUUACAUGUAAUAAAUGUGCCAAUGUCAAUUAAAGUUCAAUUAAAUCUAAGCUUUUAGUAGGGUUGCUGACAAGUAAUGUGCCAUUUAUUCGGUUUAUAAUAAAACAAUAAAAUUUUUUAUGCAAAUAUUGACAAAAAGAAA